AUGGCGCGCUUCCAGCUCGCGGCCUUGGCCAUGGCCAUGCUCUUCGCCGCCGCGGCGGCCCAGGCCCCGGCCGCCACCCCGAUGCCGGCGCCCAAGGCGUCUCCCCCGCCGGCGACGCCGCCGCCGACCCCGGCGCCGGUGUCCCCGCCCGUCCCGCCCCCGACGCUGCCUCCCCCGGCCCCGGCGCCCGCCCCCAAGGCCCCCGCCCCGGCGCCCGAGGCCCCCGCGCCGGCGCCCAAGGCUGAGGCCCCCACUCCCGACGUGAGCUCCCCGCCGCUGCCCUCGGAAGGCCCCGCCCCGUCGCCCGCCGCCGAGGCUCCCCCCGCCCCCAGCGCCGCCGCCGGCGUCUCCCCCGCCGCCGCCAAGUGGUUCGCCGCCGCCGCCGUGGCCGCCGCCGCCGCCGCCUUCUACUGA